AUGAAUCAAAAUACUUCGGAUAUCGAAGAAAGUCCUCCGAUGUCGCCAGUGGAGGAACGACAACGAAAGUUACAGAGAGAGUUGGCAGAUAAGAUCACGGAAUGUUGUGCGACAGAAGAGCUGAAUGCAUUGUUCGCAAUGGGAGCUCAAGCCGAUGGAGAGGUGACCCGGGGUUUAACCCCACUUCACUAUGCGUGUCAUUCAAACAACCUUACCGCUGCUCAAGUGCUUCUUUCUACCGGGGCCAAGGUGGACGCAGUUGAUGAGAUCGGAUGUUCGCCUUUGCAUUUAUGUGCAGAACAUGGCUACGAUCCGCUGAUUCGACUCCUGCUUACGUAUAUUGACUCUGUACGACAAUUCGAGAAAGAAGUGGAACUGGAUGAGAAUGGACGGUACCCGAGCAGAGACACAAUUGAUGAGCCUUUGAGACAAGCCAUCAAAAACGGACAUGUCUCAAGUGCACAACUUUUACUCGAAGCUGGCUUUCAUCCAAAUGCCCUCUAUUUUGAUGGUCCAGAAAUCACUCUACUCACCCCAAAUGAUGAUUACUAUGUCGAACUUUUAGAACUACUUCUCCGAUUUGGAGCAAACCCAAAUGUGCUUGAUAGGAAAGGGUUAUCCCCUUUGAUGAUCGCGGCGAAAAGAGGCGAAAGGGGAAGAAAAGCUAUUGAGAUACUUCUGGAGCACGGUGCUGACAUUAAUCAACAAGGCUCUUCACGUAGCGAUUUCCGUACAGCUCUCCAUUAUGCUGUUCUUUCCGGAUCACUUUCUCUUGUCCGAUUUAUGAUUGAGAAAGGUGCCGAUGUACAGCUACCAUGCGAGUACGAUAAACCUUCAAUUCUCGACAUUGCCGUGCUUAAAGACGAUCCUGCUUUGAUACGGGAGAUCGUAUCGAAAGGUGCUGAUCCAAACCGAGUCUACACCUACAUCGGCUCAGCCCUCCAUCUGGCUGCUUGCUCGAUUUUGACUUUCCAGAAAGAAAUUUUGACAAUUCUACUCGAAAAUGGAGCUAAUCCAAAUCUUGCUCACAAAUUCUCGGAUGGAUCUGUUUUGAAAACGCCGUUCGUUGAAUAUUUCAGAAGUCGAGAUGUGGCUGACAAAGAAGUUGUUUCUCUUCUGAUGGCCUAUGGUGCAAGGGUUUAUCUCAGAACUCCAUCAUCUCAUCAAGCUGGACAACUGCGCAAUUUGCUCAAAUUGUGUGCUCAAGGGCAAUUGGAUAUCGUGGCAGUGAUGCUUGAUCUUGCAGAAGAGGAUGUGGAUGUGAAAGCGGUGCUACGUUUUCCAUUUCCCGAUCUCGUCAAACAGCAUAUUCUUGAAAUGAAUCGAAGUGCGAGAACUCUCGAGCAUCUCUGUCGGGUCGCAAUCCGAGAGAAAGUGAUCCCCCUUCGUCCCGGUCACAUCAACGCUUUCCCCAUCCCAGCGCAUCUCAAAAAAUAUGUUCUCGGAAUGAUC